AUGUACUUGUACAUCAUCAAAUGCAUGUACAUGUACGUGUAUGUGUACGUGUACGUGUACGUGUACGUGUACGCGUACAUCACAGUGGCUGGAGCCAAGUUGGCAACGUGGCCUCACGCGAGUUGGUGUCCGUCGGGCGAUUUUCUCUCCGAUCUCCUUCAUGAGCCUUGGGGCUUGGAGGCGCAUCGUCUUGCCGCUUUCAGCUCUAAACCGAUGCUGUUCUCGCUAAUGCUGUGGGCGUUCUGCGCGCAGAUAAGUGAUGCAGCGAUCACUUCAGCGUCUGUGACUCCAACGUCUCUGAAUGCUGGCGUCACGGGAUUGAUGAACGUGGCUUUCACGACAGGAGCUACCAUCCCUGUCGGCGGAACGAUCGUCGUGACAUUCCCCUCCACGUUCUACGUGGACUCCGCGUCGACACUGUCUUACCCUGCGGGCAUCGAUGCGACUAGUGCGAUUGCAGCGUCUUCCGCUUCUGGCGUGGUGACUAUCACGAUUACAACGACCAGUGCUGCAGCUGGAGCCAUCUCCUUCAGACUUGGCGGCAUUUCGAAUCCAGGCUUAGGCGCGUCGUCCAGCUACUCGAUCCGCACUGAAAAUGUUGGCGGCAUUACCCUGGAGUCAGCGACAGUACCAGGUUCUACAUUCAGCUCAUGGACAAUGUCUAAUGCUGCAACGGUGGUCGCUGCUUCAUUGCUUGCUGGUAGAACAACAUCCUACACGGUCACUUUGACGACUGAUGUAAUGUUACGUAUUGAUAGCGUCAUUGCGCUGAAAAUUCCUCUCCUCAGCGACAGCGUCAUUGUCUAUAGUAGCGCCAAUCUUGCAGGCUUGUCAGGCCUCGACUCAGCCUCGACGGUACUACGAGUGUCACCACCAUACAUUCUUCUCAAAAUUGCUGGCCAAGACGUCGCUGCAGGGCAAACGGUCUCGAUUACUUACGGUAAUAUCAUCAAUGCGGCAGCACAAGCCACACUUGCACCGCCGUUUUACGUUGACACACGGCACCCAAAUGGAGCCAUUUUCCAAGUCAGUUCUGACACGUUCCUAGUGCCCUUCACAAGCACAACACUUACAUCAGCGACGAUAACUCCUGUAUCCUAUUGGGCUGGCGUUACGACGGACUACAAUGUGGUGUUUGCCAACUUGGCCUACGUGCCGUCAGGAAGUCGAGUGGACGUUACAUUCCCGUCCCGUUUUGACAUUAGCGGCGCUACUCUGAGCCACAUCACCAAUUUGCCUAGUGUGAAUACUGCUUUCUCUCUGACGAGUUCGACUAAAGCCAGAGUUACGCUGGGAAACACUGCAGUAUUACCUGGAAGUGGACGCGGAUUUAAGCUGCAAAACAUCAUAAAUCCUGGUUCUUCGUGUGACCAAUUUAUUGUGGAGUAUUGCACCUCUACAUGGGAGUCAUACACAGUGACCAUCACAGAUAGUGGUGGGAAUGUAUUUGAAGAGUUAACGACAGUUGCAGGUGCACCAAUUGUUAAGAAGCCGCUUCUGCAUGGCCGUGUUCGUCCGUUGCUCAAGACUCCCAACACACUUACAAUUGCGACUGUGACGCUCGACACUGUGACGACAAUCCCUCUUGGAGGUUAUAUUGAAGCUGUAUUUCCUGCUGACUACAGCGUUGGGGCUGGUGGUGAAGGGUGCACGUACGUGAAUGACUGCAGUGGACAUGGCACGUGUACGCUUCUCUCGAAGAUCUGCAUUUGUAAUACUGGCUGGGGAGCACCUACGGACGUUGCCGAUUACAAGUCACCCGACUGUUCUACUCGUGUGUAA